AUGACUGAUUUACCAUUUCCAAUGCAAUUAAAAAAUGAUACACCAACUUCAUCCGAUAGAAAAAAUAGUAUAUCUGAAUCAACUUCAUCAUCAACAGGAACAACAAAUACAUCAAAUUCAAAAUUUGUUAAGAAAUCUACAACAGCUUUAUUGUGUGAAUUAACACGUUUAAAAUCACAAAGAAAAUAUUUAGAAUGCAGUCAACUUAAAUUUAAUCCAGAUGAUUUCGAUGAAAUUGAUAUAAAACGUAAAAUACAAGAGAUUGAAGAUAAACGACAUUCUUUGGAACAAGAACUAAAUGAUUAUAAAAUGUAUACGAAACGUGAUCUAGAUGAUAUGUGGAUAUUUAUAAAUUCAAUUAAAGAAGAUAUUAAUAAUAAAGAAAGCUUAACAAAAUGUCCAAUAUCAAAUAUACGAGAACGUGUCAUCGGAAUUAAUAAUCAAAUAAAUAAAUUGAAAGAAAAGAAUAAAAAAGAAAUGAAGGAAUUAAAAGAAGAAUUUGAUGAAUUA